GUUUGAUUAAAAAACAACUGUCAAGUUGACGCUGUCAUUGUUAAAUAAUCAAUUCCGAAAUGGUACAAAACUUCAAAUAAAGGUUACUUUUUAAAACAACAAUUUAAAGACAAAAAUAUUUUAGUAGACUAAACAAAACGUUCUACGUCUUCAAACUCAAUAAAAUGAAUGCAAUAAGAGGAUUAUGGCGAACAACACCACUUGUGCGAAGUGUACUAAAUAAAAACGCCUUAAAUAGGCAAUUCGCCACGGCUACAAUAACGCCUAUUAAGCCCAUUGAAGAAGCACCAAAUACUGUGGAAUUAGAUAAACUAUACAAAAGAGUUGAAUUAGAGAUGAGAGGUAUCGAUCCUGCAGUGCUUCUGAGUUACUCCUGGUUUUGUAUUGCAGCUGCAUCGAAUUUAGGCAUUGAAGUUACUAAAAGUUGGGCUUUGAGAAAAGCAGAGAAAGAGAGGCACACACUAUUGAGAUGUGUUCACAUCUACAAAAAACACCGAGUGCAAUAUGAAAUAAGGACAUACUUCAGAUUCAUACAUUUACAAAGGCUCACUGGGUCAACAUGUGACACAUAUUUGGAGUAUAUUGAGAGAAAUCUUCCGGAAGGAUGUGCCCUUAAAGUUACUAAAGUAGAGUGCCAAAAAAUGCUCGAACACCUAACACCACCUCCAGAAUAAAUAGAUAAUAAGUUUUGUAGUUUAAGAAUAUAGAAUGAAAUAGUAAA